AUGAUUAUGACACACACUUUGGUCAUCUUCACCAAGAUGUUCAAUAAAACACAUGACGAGAAUGGACAGCAAGUAGAGGCCGACGCUGAAAAGAAAAAAUUGGAGAAGGAAGCUCUGAAAGUACAGGCGGGAACAAACUCCUCCGCGAUAAAAGAGGUUGACUCUGAUUGCUUCGCCGUAAUUCGAAACAAACUGCAUAAGUAG